AUGCUCUCCCUACUUUACGCCAUCCUGACCUUGCCGCUCAUCGCGGCUCUGCCUAAUGAUCACCCUCUCCAGAUCCGCAACAACGGCGGUCUAACCGUAUACACCAAGGCCGGCUCCCUCAUCGGCACCUUACUCCCUACCUUUGGGCAAGAGUUCUUUGGGGGCAUCAGGUACGCGGCGAUCCCGAAGCGCUUUGAGCCGCCCAAGCCAGCCACAGCGUGGAACGGAACCUUUGAUGCAACCAACUUCACCGCGGCUUGCUGGGGUCAAGGCAACCGCGCUUUCAACCAGAGCGAGGAUUGUCUCUCCCUCAACAUCAUCCGCCCCGCCGGUACCAGCCAAUACUCGAACCUCCCGGUACUCCUCUGGGCGCACGGCGGCGGGUUCUGGGGCGGGUCUGGCAUUGAUCAGCAGGCGAACGGGAGCUAUCUCGUACAGAGCUCUGUCGAAGCUGGCCAGCCGAUCAUCUUCAUCUCCAUCAACUACCGUCUCCUCUCGCUUGGCUUCCCGUCCGGUCCAGAGGCUCAUAAGGCCGGUAUCGAGAACCUCGGCCUGCUCGACCAGCGUGCUGCGCUGCAGUGGGUCCAAGAGAACAUUGCCGACUUUGGGGGAGACAAGUCCCGAGUCACCUUUCAGGGCGAGAGUGCUGGCGGCACCAGUAUCGUUCAGCAUCUCGUCGCUUACGGCGGUCGCGAUGACAAGCUCUUCAGUGCUGCGAUCAUCGAGUCUGGUUCGUUUUACAAUCUCUCCUGCGCUCACGACAUCAAUGCCAUCCACGACAAGAACUACGCCAAACUUUUGAACGAGACCGGCUGUGCCAACCUCGACUGCCUCCGCACCCUCGACAUCGGCAAGCUGUACAAUGCCUCGCUCAAGUACUACGACCAGUUCCUUCCUUCCAUUGACGGCAAGAUGUUCACCAAGCACCCGGCGGAAUCCUGGAGUGAGGGCAAUUUCAUCAAGAUGCCGCUCCUCAUGGGUACCAACCAGGACGAGGGAAGUAUCCUCAGCGUCCUCGGUCGCAACAACGACACCGCUCUCAUCUCUGGUAUCACCUCUCAGAACGGCACGUCGUACACUAUGCGGAACUCCACUUUCCCUGCCCUGCUCGCUGCGUACCCCAACGACCCCGCUCAAGGUGUGCCGCUGGGUACGGGUCGGGGACUCUUGGCUUCUGGCACAAUGGACAAGAGGAGUAAUGUCAUGUUCGGCGAUGCUAUCGAAGACUCGCCCAGACGCUGGAUCACUGGUCUCAUGGCUGCUACCGGCCAGCCCACUUAUGCCUAUCUCUUCCGCCAAGUCCCGUACAUGACCCCAAUCUCGAUCGGGUCGACUCACGCGGUCGAGGUCUCGUACGUCUUUGGCGAUCCUACCAAAACCAAGUUCGACCCCUCCGGCGCAGACGAGACCCUCUCCAAGGUUAUGCGGAACGCCUGGACCGCCUUUGCCGCCAAUCACAAUCCCAACCGGAAUGGCGUUCCUUACUGGCCCGACUACCGGUCCGACAUGAGCUUCAUGUCGCUCGCAAUCAAUGCGUCGGUCGCUCAGCCGGACACGUACCGGCAGGAGGGGAUCGAUAUUUGGAUCCAGGAACGUAUUGUCGGUUGUUCGGGUUUGAGUAACCCUUGA